UGCCCAGUACUCAAGGAACCAUGACGGAGGUCAUCCACUCUUCAUCUGCUUCCCCCUCUUCUUCUCCUUCAUUGUAUCAGGCCAGGGGUUUUGUAGAUGAAGAAGAAGCCAAGGGGGGGAUUAAGGAGAAAGAUCAGCUCUCUUUAUUGGCCCUUUUAGUGGCUUUGUUCAGAAAGAGUUUCUGGUUGGCUUGCAAGGCGGAGAGAGCUGAGCAUUGCUGUUCUGCUGCGGGUAUGGAGAUUGGAUGGCCUACUAAUGUGCGCCAUAUUGCCCAUGUUACCUUUGAUAGAUUCAAUGGAUUCCUUGGUUUGCCUGUUGAGUUUGAGCCAGAGGUUCCCAGGCGGUCCCCCAGUGCUAGGUGAAUUGUCUUCUUUCUGCAUUGAUUGCCACUGUUUUUGGAGUGUCAACGGAAUCAAUGCAAUUAUCAUUUGAUUCCAGAGGGAACAGUGUUCCGACUAUCCUUCUACUGAUGCAAAGGCAUCUAUAUGCUAAAGGGGGGCUCCAGACAGAAGGGAUUUUCAGAAUAAAUCCAGAGGAGAGGCAGGAGGAAUAUGCAAGAGAGCAAUUAAACAGGGGAGUAGUUCCUGAUGGCAUUUGUGUACACUGUUUGGCAGGCCUUAUUAAGGCUUGGUUCCGUGAACUUCCAAGCGGAGUGUUAGAUUCUCUCCCUCAGGAGCAGGUAAUCCAAUGCCAGACGGAAGAGGAGUGUAGUGCAUUGGUGAGACUUCUACCGUCCACAGAAGCUUCUCUGCUGGACUGGGCCAUCAACUUGAUGGCUGAUGUUGUCCAGGAAGAAUUCCAUAAUAAGAUGAAUGCACGCAAUAUAGCAAUGGUCUUUGCUCCUAACAUGACACAGAUGGGGGAUCCAUUGACAGCACUAAUGUACGCAGUCCAGGUGAUGAACUUCUUGCGAACACUUAUUGAGAAGAAACUACGAGAAAGAAAAGAUUCUCUGGCAAAAACAGCCCCGACUUCCAGCAUAGAGCCCUCGGGUGAAAAUGGUCCCCAGAAUCAUCCUCUCCAGCCAAUCCGGGAAGAAGAAACAGGCGGUGAGCUGACCGAUGAAGAAUAUCUCAGUUAUUCAGAUUCCAGCGAUGAAUCUGAAGAUAGCAGCAGCUCUUGUGAAUCUUGUCUACACACCACUUGUUGGUUAUUUAAAGAAUCUGACCUGUCGAAUCCCUCCAGUGGUCUGAUAACUGAAAAAAGAUGCAAAAGAACAAGCAAUUUGAUCACAGAGCGGGUCGAAUUCUGGAGGUGAAGAAGUGUCGUGUUCUUCUAUUUCGUCGUAGAAACCUGCAAAAAUUUUGUAUAUGUAUGUAUAGUGUGUUGAGUGGUUCGGCUUUAACUCAGUUACAGUUUCAUUGAUGUUUUUUAUGUGGUAGAGUCAUUACAUGCAGAUUUUAUGGAGAUUGUUGGACCCUUUUUGAGGUCUUGCUGCGUAGUAGUCCCAUUAAUGCUCUACGUAAGCAAAACAAAUUUCGCUUUUUACAAUUUGUGUUCUAGCUCACACAGUCACAAGGGUUGCUGGUAAAUAGAAACAAGGGCUUAGUAAACGUGUAUAGAUCUUUAUAUUAUUAUUUGAUGUUCAUGGAAGUUCAGCAGC